UAGGAGUCGCUGUUUCCUGUUAAACGGACGCAUAAUUUCACUUUUGCUCCUGUGCUGGACCUCGGUGAAGAGCAACAAUAACAAACAUCGCGGGUUAUGGAGCUGUAAAUGACAAUAACCGUGGAUUGAUCGUUUGAGGCGGUCUUACUGUCGUUCAUAAAACCCCGGUCAAUGACUUUAGUUCAUUAGUGCAGUAACUGCAGCUGGAUCGGCGCUGUCUCCAGGAAUGGCGAUCAAUAAGACCUAUGUACGCGUGGGCUACUCGUGUGUUGGGAUGUUGGUGGGAUUUUCGGCGUUUCUAGUGUGGAACAUUGCCUACAAACAGCCGUGGACCGCCGCGAUGGGUGGAUUAUCAGGUGUUUUGGCAUUAUGGGCUCUUGUCACACACAUAAUGUACCUUCAGGACUACUGGAGAACAUGGUUAAAGGGACUGAAGUUCUUCCUAAUCAUAGGCGCCAUUUUCUCCAUGGUAUCAAUCGUAGCGUUCAUCUCCUUCCUCAGUGUUGCCAUCUCCCACAAAGAAUCCCUCACAGAUCCUGCUAGUCUGUACCUGUCGUGUGUGUGGAGCUUCAUGAGUUUGAAGUGGGCGUUCCUACUGGCCCUCUAUUCUCAUCGAUAUCGCAAAGAAUUUGCCGACAUCUCUAUCCUCAGUGACUUUUAAAUAUACACACACUCGUGCCCACAGAGAAACAAGCAUACAAACUUACAACAUGCUUGGCUGUUACCAUUUGAAAUGGACCAGGAACACGCAACGUCAACGAGGAGAGUCAGAAAGCUUUCGUGUUUUUAGUAUAUCAGUAUACGACAUUAGUGUAUCACUUCUCUCUCUUUCUACUGUUGUCUGUCCAGGCAGUCUGUUGUAGAUCAUGUUAGACGCAAGAGUAUGUUGAAGGAUGUUAUCGGUAAUUUUUAAUUUUGGACUUUUUAAUAGCUCUGAUCAAUAUCAAUGUUUCUGAGCCUUUUCACUUUGAGUAUGUAUCGUUUAUAGGUAUUAAGAAGAGUCUUUUGUCUUUCUCUUUGCUGCUUUUUUCUUGUCCUGAAUGUUUUUCUGCAGUUUCACGACGGGAUAUUGAAAAGUGAGAGGUUUUUAUUAAGCUGGUCUGUCACUAAAAGACCGAUUUCUCUUGCUGCUUCAUAGCUGUCUAUUGGUUUUUAAAAAAGCACUUUAUUGUCUAUAAAAUGUGGUUUAAUCAGUCGAAAACCUUGUGUGGGAAUGUUGAGGCUUUAUUGAAGAGGGAUACGUUAUUUGGAAAGCCGUUUUGUUAUUGGUUUUCAUUUCUUGUUUAUACGUUUAUUACCCCAAAGCAUUAGGGAGCAACAUCCAGCACUUGUUUGAAUUGAAUGAAUCAAUACCUUUUUGUACCUUCACGUGUCUGUCAUCUGUAAUAGGUCUGAGAGUUGGUUAGUAUAAAUUCAUUCACUCAGAUAAUGCAUGUAUUUGUCUUGGUAUAUUAUGUUGAGAAUUCUUUUUAUAUUUACACAAAAACAUUGUUAUACUGUUAGAAUGUGAUAUUUGCGUUUGCCUAACAACAUUUCAGACACUUUUUUGAACAUAUCCAUUAUAUUGUAUUAUGAAAUCAAUAACUUUAUGUAUGUGUGAGUGGGCCAUUAAUAAAAUAACCUGUUAUGGCAACCAGA